CGGGCUAGCGAUCCACCAAUCAAAUUCGAAGAAGAAGAAGAAGAAAGCGCUUUGCAUAAAAAUUCUUAGGCUACCACAAAUUGGACGCACAUGGAAUUUGAAGUGUUUGGUGUAGACGUCUAGUGUACAGACGCAGAUAUAAGAGCUCAUUUCAAAAUAUGCUAGCUAGUUGUAUUGGCAUUCGUCUGCUAACAUUAACUUAAGACUAGCAUUGGUCAUCCAGCACGACAUAGCUUAACUAAUACAGUACGUGGCUAGCGCCUCAAGAAGUUCAGAGAAUGUCGGAGUUGGGCGUUGAGCAAAACUCAACUGAUGAAAGCUUCAAGGCGGAUAUACCAUCUAAAAGAUUAGUUGUGUAUGACUGUCGCAUAGAGAGCAAGACAUCGACAAAGAGAGUUGUAAACACAAAUGGCUUGGACUUUAAUGCUUUUCUACAGCAUAUCUCGAAGGAAUUCGCCAUCCCCACAAACGAAACAUUUGUCUUGACGACAACUGAUAGAGCAGGAAUUAAUGUUGAGAGAUAUGAGGAACUUCAAGAUGGCAGUACACUCCACCUUUUGCAGAGAAAUGAUCAGGUUCUAUAUGUUGCAACUAAGGAACGCAUCAAUUUCCUGCCUCAUUAUGACACAAUUGUCCAGAGUGGAAUGUAUGAGUAUUAUGCCAGUGAAGGUCAAAAGUCACUACCAUAUGCUUUUGCAGAGCUAAUCGACAAUUCACUGGCAGCAACAUCUAGGAUCACCGGAGUUAGGUCUAUAGACAUCCGUUUGAUGUUUGAUGAUUCCCUAGGGAGACCAGCAGUGGUUGUUCUAGACAACGGCUGUGGUAUGUCUUCCAAGCAGCUCAAUAACUGGGCAGUGUACAGGCUGUCUAAGUUCACCAGGGAACACAGCAGCCUCUCCAGUGAUCAUUCCCAGUAUAUCCGUCCUGAGGCUGUCCCUCGCAGUCUCAACAGUGAUAUAUCCUACUUUGGAGUGGGAGGGAAACAAGCUGUGUUCUACAUCGGACAGUCAACCAGGAUGAUCACUAAGCCAGUGGGAUGUCAAGAUGUUCACGAGUUGGUCCUUUCCAAGGAGGAAUUUGAAAGAAAGGAGAGAAACAAGGAAGAAAUAUACAGUGGUUUCAUCCGAAACAGAAAGGUGGGGGAUUCCUCCCAUGUGAAGGACGAGGAGGAGCGCUUCCUCCACGGCCUCAUCGCAGAGGAGGUGGGAAAGGAGAGCUUCACAGCCGUGGUGGUGACUGGGGUCCAGCCUGAGCAUAUCACCCUUCUCAAGCAAGACUUCCACCUGUGGACCAGAGAGCUGGCCCAUCUAUAUCACUACUACAUUCAUGGCAUCAAUGGAAACGACAUGAAAUCCACCUAUCGGAACUCUGAUUGUGUCUCCAACAUUGACAUUCAGAUCUCCUUACUGGAGAAGAUCCCCAAGAUUCCCCGGGUGGUGAACCUCAGAGAGAUCGAUAACGACAUGCAGACCCUCUACAUCAACUCCACAGCAGACACGUUUGAGUUCAAGGCUUAUGUCGAAAGCGACGGCACCGUGGAGGGCAUUCUGAGAUACCAUCCCUUCCUUUAUGAUAAAGAGACCUACCCCGAAGAUCCCUACGCCCUACCAGCACCCAUGGAGGAAGAUGAUGAGGACUGUGUCAUCCUGAACCAGGCCCGGGGCAAAAGGCCCAUAUUUGAGUGCUUCUGGAAUGGAAGACUUAUACCAUACACUACAGUAUCAGAGUUUGACUGGUGUGCCCAGCCCAAGAAGGCAUCGCCGGUGCCAGUGGAGUGUUACAGCCGGUUCUCCGGGGUUCUGUUCACCAACGACAGGUUCCAGGUCAGCACCAACAAGCUCACCUUCAUGGACUUGGAACUGCAGCUCAAAGACAAGGAGACCUUCUUCACGCGUGUCGUCAACGGACAGGAGCAAAGAGUGAAGAUCCAGAGAGAGUUCUCCCAGUGGCUGAAGACCUGCCACGAGAAGCUGGACAAGCAGGUGAAAUUCUCCGGCUUCACGGGGAUGACUGCACGCACUGACGUGGCCACUAAGAAGAUGCAAUAUCCCUGGGCAACCUUCUCCUCCAUCGAGUGGGAAGGCAAAACAUACAAAGCCGGCCAAUAUGUAAAGUCCCUGAGAACAAUGCCCAUCUUCUGCGGCUCUGUGGCUCAGUUCUUGCUGUUCGGAGAUCACGACGGAGAUGUCUACGCCACGGGGGGGCAGGUGCAGGUUAUCAUGGAACCUUCCAGCCUGUACGAUGAGAUCAAGAUUAUACCCAUCUCCAAGCUGGACAGGAACGUGACAACUGCAGCGAUUAAGAAAAGCAUCGACGAUGAACUGGCCAGACUCCCAGACAAGGUGAAGGUCACGUGGCCUGAGAAUAACCCCUGGGCCCAGAACGAUGUGCGCCCUGCAGGGACCUUUUUAGGGCCCCUGCAUGUGGAUGUGCUGAACAAGAAGGGGGAGUCCAUGUCACGGAUGCCCUCGUCCUCUCAGAGCACCGCCAAGAAGCUUCUGAUGGAGCUGAAGGUGGUCUGGCAUGGUCCUAAAGGAGAUGUAGAAACCAACUCUCACAUCGCCCAGCAUUCUGGAAAGUGGGCAUUCUGGUUCAAAACUAUGGAGAACCUAAACAAGCGAGGGAAGUACACGUUAUACCUCAACACUGUUCUCAAUGAGAGCAAUGCCACGGUCUUUGGUGGGAAGCAGCUGCCAAGCCACAAACUGCAUUUCUCCAUCACAGAGGGCAGUGCAGAGAGGUUUCUGCUUGGUGCAGUGACCACUCCUGUCCACAUAGGGGAGCCCUUUGACCUUCCUGUGGAGGUGGUGGAUGGAUACGGACACCCAACUCGGCCCCCUGCAGACAGCAAACCCGUCUUGGAAUGUCGUGGUCUAGUAGUGAGUUAUGAAGGUACAGCUAUGAUCGGGACCAAAUUCACCAUCAAAGGUGUCACAGCCUGUGGGAAAGUGCAGAACUUUCAACGCAAGACAUUUGAUAUAAAAGUGGUCUUGCCUGGGCUCCAACAGGAUUCCCAGACUUUCAAAAUCAGUCUUCUCCCAGGUAUCCCACAUUCCAUCAGGGUUACACCAAAGGAUCAGCCUAUCACAGUUGAGAACGGGACACCUGUUGUCUUUGACAUUGAAGUCUAUGACAAAUCAGGGAACGUCACUACCCACCCAAAGCUGAUCGUUCGCUGCCAGUUACAAGGGGUUCCUGGCUCCACAUUGGUGGCCGUAGACUGCAGUAACACUGGAGCCGGCCAGAUAGUGACCAAGCCCAUCACCCUGAAGGACAUCAAGAAAGAGCAGAUGGUCAAAGUGAAAUUUGACGUGCCUAGUCAGAAGGGCGUGGUGGCCUUGCUGCGGGAGCUGAAGGUGGUCCCCAGCAAGCGUGUGUCCAGGCUGGAGGUGUACCGCCAGGAGGACGGGGAGGACACCACGGUGCUGAAGGACAAAGAGAAGGUGGACUGGGCCGUUGGGGACACCCUGGACAACCUGUGCUACAGGCUGUCUGACGAGGGGGGCAGGACAGUCACUCUGUCAGAGGAACUGGCCCUCAAGGUCAAGGUGAACUGGACGGCAGACUUGAAUGUUGAGGAGCUGGUUCAGGGGAAGCUGCCCCACAUCCAGGUUCCCACCCUGGUACAGGACGAGCACUACUACCAGGUCUCUUACCAGGACCUCAACUCCACUGUCGACACCUCCUUCAUCAUAGUGCCCCACCCUGAUGAGCCCAGGACCAUGAAGGUUACCAUGAGAGACAGCUCUGUGAGGAUGGGCGAGGCUCUACCUGGAAAUAUCUACUUGGAGCUGACGGACCAGUACGGGAACAAAACUCUGUCUCUGCCCCCGAACGGCCUGGACGAGGUCAGCGCAAAGGGAGAGGGUCUGGACGAGGCGUCGCUGGUGUUCACCUGGCAGGAGAGCCGACACGCCAUGGUGGUGACGGGCUUGCGCUUCUCCCCAGGGAUGCCCGGCCCCCGGGAGGUCAGCUUCAGCUGGGGGGGCUUCACGGAGCUCGUGAGGGUCAACUUGGCCGCCGGCCAGCCUGCCCAGUUCAGACUGGUGGACGGCCCUAAGGAGCCCCUGCAGGUGUUUAAUGAGCAGAGCAUCGCAAAGUCCUUCAUCCUGCAAAUGUGUGAUGAGUGGGGGAAUCCCUCCCCAGGACAGAAGGUGGUUGUAAUGAUGAAGUCCCCCAACAGCUCCCUGAAGCUAAGAUUGUCUGCUGCCUCCCAGCCAGUUGACUUGGAGGGCAGAGCCACUUUCAUAGUGGACAACCUGAGCGGCCCUAAGGGGGAGUACCAGCUGGAGUUCCGGGGUUCCUUCAACAGGAAGCCCAUCCCUGGCCCGUCAGUCACCAUCGUCAUCGUCCCAAGCCCCAACAAGCCUGUCAGACUGGCCGUGGAGUACGACAGCAAGGCUGUGUUUGCUGCUGGAGGCACGCUUCCAGUGUUCACCGUGUCGGUGAUGGCGGAGGAUGACAGCCCCAUGAGGAAGCUGAACCCUGCGUCUCUGUCCAUGCUGAUGUGGAGGGGCGGGGCUUCCGCCUCCAAACUCCCGCCUAAAGCGGCCUCUCAGCUCAAGUGCAGCAAACCCAUGGGGGAUGAGAAGGAUGACUGUUUUUACUUCAGAGACAAAGUCAUCCCGGACCAUGUGGGAGAUUACACGGUGCAGUUUGCCCUGUGUGUGGACAUGUCCAAAGGCCUGUGGAGCCAGCAGUAUGUCAUAAACGUGGUGGCUAACGAACCUUUCAAGCUGGCCCCAGACUCACAGCCACCAACCCCAGUCAUCUCCAACAAUGACAUCAUCGCCAGCCGGACCCUGGUGGAGGAUAUGACUCUGAGGAUAAUGGACAUGUAUAACAACCCGGCAGGCGCGGGGCUGCAGGGGAAGGUGGUGGUCACCAUGAGGAGCUCCAGCAGCUCAGCCACUCUGCCCGUGUUUGACAGCAACAAGAAGAGCCUGCAAGUGCCCCUGUCUGAGGGCCAGGCCCGCAUCACUAACCUGGCGAUCAUGAUAAACAGCCCUGGUGAUGACGGACAGGAGUACACCCUGUUAUUCAAACCCUCCAUCUCGGGGUUCAGCUCCAAGAAGCAGCUGGCUGCCUUCGAACUGCCCUUCCGCUUCUACAACGACGUCGAGAACCAGAAGCAGAUGUCGGAGCUGACCAAAAAGAAAGACCAGCUCUCCCAGACCAUCGACAUCUACAAGAGCUUGUUUGACACCAACAGACAGCUCGUCACUGAGCUUAACAACCAGGUCAAAGACGUCACCAACAAAGAGACCCUUCUGAAAUCCCAGUUACGGAGACAAAGUCUAAACGUAGCCAAGUUAUCAUCUAUUUCAGAGAUUGACGCAGCCAUCCGUGAGAGCUCGGCGGAGGCAGAGCGGGUCAGCCGGCAGCCCAGGAGAACAUGCUCCAUGCCUGAUCCCUACAAGGGCAGCCAGGACGUCCUGGGAAAAAUCGCCCACCUGGCGCUGGUGGUGGAUGACGAUGCCGCCACGGUCAUAUCCUGGCAUCUCCUAGGAGACAUGGACUGCGUGGUCACCAAGACGACAGUUGCGGCGCGGAAGAUCUACGAUGACACCCAGGGGAGGCAGCAGGUCUUGCCUUUGGACACAGUUUUCUGGAGAAGCAUCCAGAAACCCUUACCCCACCUGCGAAACGGUAAAACCAGCUUUCAACCCACUGGAAACCCUGUGUUUGCCAAAGAUCUUCUCAUCUUCCAAGAGAAUUCUGAAAGCUGCCAGAUGGUGUUUGGCAGCCUCCUGGGAGAUACCAUUUUGGUGGACGACCUUGACUCUGCUAACCACUACAGGAAAGGGGUGGUCCAGAGCCAGGUCCCUUGCCCCACUCUCCUGACCAGAAAGGGAGAGAGGAUCCGUGCAAACGGCAAGUUUGGGGGUUUGCAGAACAAAGCCCCCCCCCUUGAACGGAUGCGCUCCCAGGUGUUUGGUGCACCCCUGCCCCAGCAGUACCACACCCUCAUGGGGCAGAUAGAUUUGCUCCAACAGAGCAAGAUGACCAUGCAGAAGAGCAUGCAGGUGAAGAUGGAGUUUGAGAACCACUUGCAGUACCUGAAAUCUCCUGAGAUGGUGAAGAAGGAGGAGGAGAUGGCAGAACAGGAGAAGCAGCUCAGAGACAUUGAAAAGACUCUCGCCAGCACCCCAGUGCGACCACCGCCAACUUCUGCUGUGAAGAGGAGGAUAGAGGAGGUUGAUGAACUGUCUGAUAUCAUUAUCAAAAGAACAAGGUCAUCAAAAAGGGAUUUAUAUUAGUAAUGUUUUGUUUUUUGUUUUUUUUUGGCAGCAUUGUGAGAUAUACACUUUUAUUACACAAUUAUUUUUAUUAAAAUUCAUGUAAAUAGUUUGUAUAGAUAAAAACACAGUAAGUGUGCACAAGUCAACAUUGAAACAUUGUGCAUUUUAUUUCUUUUUUGUUAUUUAAAACUGCUUCCUUACCUGUGUGUGUCACAAAAUAGAGCAGCAGUCAAAAUGUCCAUCUGUUUGUAUAAAAGUAAGAAAAAACGAUAUUGCUCUUUUUUCAAAAUUACAUGAAUACUAUGUUCUAUAUAUUUUAUAACCUACAUUACUUAUCAAUGCAACCAAACUGUUUUUUAUAAACUAUAAAAAAAAUCUGCUUUGUUAACACCUGUACAUAACAUGAGAUGACGCAGUGAUGUUCACUUUUGCAACGCCCAGCAUUUUCAUAUGCUUUUAAGUUGAUAGUAGGUUGAAAGAAAAUCUCAAUAAAGUACAGCGACAUCUUUGUCCAGUAGACAGGCAAUCCUGUUUCGUUU